AUGUCUGUGGUGUUUCCCAGAAUGCCCUCUGACCCUGAAUGCCCUCUGACCCUGGCUGCACAGCUGGAGGGAUGUGCAGAAGUCAUCAAGGCCCUGAAGAGUGGAGGAGCACAUCUGGACUUCAGGACCAAAGAUGGCAUCACAGCUCUGCACAAGGCGGUGCGGAGCAAGAACCACAUGGCCCUCAUUACGCUGUUGGACUUGGGUGCGUCCCCCGACUACAAGGACAGUCGGGGUCUGACUCCUCUCUACCACAGCUCCAUGGUGGGAGGAGACCCUUACUGCUGCGAGCUGCUGCUGCACGACCACGCGCAGGUGGGCUGCGUGGACGAGAACGGCUGGCAGGAGAUCCACCAGGCGUGUCGCUACGGUCACGUGCAGCACCUGGAACAUCUGCUCUUCUACGGGGCUGAAAUGAGCGCCCAGAACGCUUCUGGGAACACGGCCCUGCAUGUGUGCGCACUCUACAACCAGGACAGCUGUGCUCGGGUUCUCCUCUUCCGGGGCGCCGACAAGGAGAUCAGGAACUACAACAGCCAGACUGCCUUCCAGGUGGCCAUCAUAGCAGGAAACUUUGACCUGGCUGAGAUCAUCAAGGUCCACAAAGCGUCAGAUGUCGCCACAGACCGGUGGUUGGGGACCACUGCUUUAAAGGACAUAGAAGAAAUAACACAACCAGUGGUGUUGACAAUAUUUGAAGGUGACUCUCAGUCCUUCUGGUGUGUCCUGCCAGUGCCUUUCAGGGAGACACCUUCCUACACCAACCGUCGACGCGUGACGCCCGGCGCCUUGCCCUCGCCCCGCUCCCUGCUGCGCUCGGCCAGCGACAACAACCUGAACGGCGACAAGGACCACAUCCAGCGCCAUCAGGUCCACAGAGAGUCCCGGGGCCGCCAGGGUCACUCGCCGGUCCCCUCGCUGCGCAGUCUGCCGGCUCUUGGACAACAACAUGGCAGCCUGGGAGAGAGUCGCCAUGCAGACUUCCCUGACAGCAGCCUGCAGAGCACCACCAGCUCCAGGUCCUCCCAGUCCCGCUCACCUUCCUUGCAUCACUGGCAGGACCAGGACAGGCCCGUGCCCAGGAGGUCCCACAGCCACGGGCACGGUCCCCAUGGAAGACUCAGCCCCGGGUCCGUGCAGCGGGACCCCAGCCCGCCUCAUCACACCCCGCCGGCGCUGACGGGCACACGCGGGCCCAAGCGGAAACUCUACAGUGCCGUCCCGGGUCGCACCUUCAUCGUCGUCAAGCCUUACGCCCCGCAGGGGGAGGGGGAGAUCCAGCUCAAUCGCGGAGAGAGGGUCAAAGACUUUGACUGUAAUGACGUAGAAGUGCUGAGCAUAGGAGAAGGAGGCUUCUGGGAAGGCAGCGUCAAAGGGAGGACGGGAUGGUUUCCUGCCGACUGUGUGGAAGAAGUUCAGAUUAGGCAGUUUGACCCCCGGCUCGAGACGCGAGAGGACCGCACCAAGCGACUGUUCAGACACUACACCGUGGGUUCCUAUGACAACUUCACCUCCUACAGUGAUUACAUCAUUGAGGAGAAGAAUGCAGUCUUGCAGAAGAAAGAAAACGAGGGCUUCGGUUUUGUCCUGCGAGGAGCAAAAGCGGAGACGCCCAUUGAAGAGUUCACGCCCACCCCCGCCUUCCCCGCCCUGCAGUACCUGGAGUCAGUGGACGUGGAAGGUGUGGCAUGGAGGGCCAGCUUGAGGACAGGAGACUUUCUCAUCGAAGUCAAUGGGGUGAACGUGGUGAAGGUGGGUCACAAGCAGGUGGUGUCUUUAAUCCGACAAGGAGGGAACCAGCUGCUGAUGAAGGUGGUGUCCGUCAUGCGGAAACCAGAGUCCGAGGAAGUUGUCCGCAAAAAAGCACCGCCCCCUCCCAAGAGAGCCCCCAGCACCACCCUCACGCUGCGCUCCAAGUCCAUGACGGCCGAGCUGGAAGAAUUGGCUUCUGCCCGGAGGAGAAGAGGAGAGAGGCUGGACGAGAUGUUGGCGUCCCAGGAGUCCACGCUGCGUUCGCAACCCUCAGAAACGGACUACAGAUCAGCCACGGUCAAACAGCGGCCCACCAGCAGGAGAAUAACGCCAGCAGAGAUCAGUGUGAGUUCACUGUUUGAGCGACAAGGAAUGACGCUGCACGGAGGUCUUCACCCGGCCAUGGAGAGAGGACACGUACCCUUAUCUAGGGGCAUGUCCAGGACCAAGUCAUUUGGUGCCACUGAGGAGGAUCGUCUAGUCGCCCUGGCAGGUGAGCAUCGCUUUCCGCGCAGUUCCUCCAUGACCGACAGCCUGCGAGAACUCCCGCAGCUUCAUCCCAUCCCUCCGCCUCCGCAAACAGCACCGCCUCCACCUCCGUAUUACUUGGACACGGGACCGCCGCCAGCGUUCUGCCCGCCGCCUCCCCCAUCCAGGACCCAGAGUCAGGGCCACGAACCAGGAGGACGCUCCAGCUUUAAGCCUUCCUCCUUGGACCUGCCCUAUGAGGCGGCACAACGGCAGGCCACGCAGCUAGAGAGGCAGAAAAAAGCCCGCUCCAUGAUCAUCCUUCAAGACUCUUCACAUUUACCCGUGGAACCCACAGAAAUCCCCCGUCCUUCUGCUGCUCCUCCACCUGAGCGGAUAAAAAGGAAGGGACGGGUCAUUGACAACCCCUAUGCCAAUGUGGGCCAAUUUAGCAUUGGACUGUACACACCUACCAAGCCUCAGCGGAAGAAAAGCCCCCUGGUGAAGCAGCUACAGGUGGAGGAUGCACAAGAAAAAGCAAGCAUGGCCUUAGCCCACUCCCGAGAAAGCUCACCCUCAGGACGACACGUUCGCACCAGCCGUGCAGACUACUACCAGCAGCAGCUAAUGGCCGAGCGUUUGCGGGCCCAAGGAGAAGCCAUGUUUCAGGGUAAGGGCCCGUUCGCCGCUGCAAUCGCUGGAGCAGUGAAAGACCGUGAGCGACGCCUGGAGGAGCGACGGAAAUCCACUGUCUUCCUUUCCGUGGGAACAAUGGAGGGUGCGUCCUCAGAGGUCCCCUCUCUUACGCAGUCUCACUCUAUAGAUGAGCGUAUACUCACCCGGGAGCUUGGCCAGUUGCCACCUCCUGCCUUGGCCUUGAGCCCCUCACCCAGCGGGACCACCUUUAUCCAUCCACUUACAGGAAAGCCCCUGGAUCCCAACUCCCCUUUGGCUCUUGCGCUGGCCGCCAGAGAAAGGGCGCUGACCUCCCAGAGCCAGUCUCCAACGAGCAGCCCUGAACCACGAACUAAACAGGAGCGGGUGGGCCCGGGUGUAAUGUUCUUUGACACUCAGACCAAAGAGUCUCCACAUGGAGAAGGUCCACCCACAUCUCCUUCUUUUACAUCUCAAGGCUCCAAGGCUCCAAUAUCAGUAUUAGUCCCUCAGCCCACCAAACCACAGUGGGCCGCAUCACCAUCAAGUCUGUCAUUCCACCAGGAGAUGGAGACCCAGAUAGCAGACAGGAAGGAGGAGACGCUUGAAGAUAAAAAAAGCAUGUUGAUCAGUAUUAUGGACACGUCCCAGCAGAAAACGGCAGGGCUAAUUAUGGUACACGCUACCAGCAAUGGCCAAGCUGGUCAAGAACUACAACAGACACCUGUCCCGACAUCCAAAGAACUAAGCAAAUCUCAAUUAAGUCCAAGGACUAAGUCCCCAAGUCCCACAGUCCCUGUGCCCCAGCCUCAGAGUCCACAUGCUGCCAGCUUUGCUCAAGAGAAGGGUCUGGUUCAGGGAAGCUCGGAGGAGGACAUUGAUCCAUACACGGUGACGUUGCCCCCCGCCAUGUUGUCCUCCAGUGACGAGGAGACACGAGAGGAGCUGCGUAGGAUUGGUUUUGUUCCACCGCCUAAUGAGUUCUCGAAUGGACUGCUUGCACAGGCCAGUAUUCCACCAUCUCCAAGCAAACCUACGGCAUCUUCCCCCACCACCCCUCCAACACCUACACCCAAGACACCUUUAACUCCAACCACCCAGCCUCAGCCCCCCCAUCUCCCACCACCACCCAGCACAGCAGCUGUCUCAGGGAAACCCUCGGACCCGCUAGAGCCCCCGCCUGUGUGUGAGUCUGGCUCUGCAGCCGAUUCAGGCGUGGAGGAGGCAGACACGCGCAGCUCCAGCGAGCGAGAACGAGACCACCACCUUGAGACCACCAGCACUGUCUCCACAGUUUCCAGCAUGUCCACGCUGUCCUCAGAAAGCGGUGAACCUGCCGACACACACACCACACACACUUCCUAUGCCGACGGGCAGACUUUUGUGCUCGACAAACCGCCAGUGCCUCCCAAACCCCGACUUAAGUCCCACAUAGGAGGCAGUAAAGGCCCUGUCACCUUCAGGGACCCUCUGCUGAAGCAGAGUUCUGACAGUGAGCUGCUGUCACAGCAACAGGCUGCCGCACUGGCUGCGGCGGUGGCCGGAGGAGGCGGGCUGCCCCCAGGCGGUUCGGCCUCAGUGACUGGACUCGCUCCCACCAAGCCGCGCUACCUCUUCCAGCGGCGAUCCAAGCUGUGGGGAGACCCGAUGGAGCCUCGCGGGCCAGGGGUGGGGCUGGGUAUUGGGAGUUUGGGAAACCUAGGUGGGCUGGGACUAGGGCUGGGUGCUAAUGAGGGAGCAAAACCCUUCGUGAUGGGGGAGCUCAGUUCUCGAUUGCAGCAGCUAAAUAAAGACACAAGGUCCCUGGGAGAGGAGCCCCUGGGAGCAACGCUUGACCCUGGGAGGAAGUCUCCUGUAGCAGGUGCCCGACUUUUCAGCAGCCUAGGGGAACUCCACACCAUUUCUCAGAGGAGUUACGGCCCCACCUUCAGCAUCCGCCCUGGCAGCCGUUACCCGGUCAUGCGACGCAGCCCCAGCCCGGGCUCACCCGACCGGGGCGACCCUCUGGGACGCUAUUCGGGCUACGGCCUUCAGCCUUCGCCGACCACACCCCCGCAAACCAUCCUCAAAUCCUCCAGCCUCAGUCUACCCCAGGAACCCAAGGAGGUCCGCUUUGUGAUGAGGAGCUCCAGCGCCCGAUCCCGCUCUCGUUCGCCGUCGCCUUCCCACUCCCCGGGUCUGGGCUCCCCCCUGCUGGCGCUCAGACCUUUCCACCAGAAGCCGCUUCACCUGUGGAACAAGUACGACGUGGGGGACUGGUUGGAGAGCAUCAACCUCAGCGAGCACAGGGUGGGCUUCCAGGAACACGAGAUCGAGGGCUCCCACCUGCCGGCGCUGACCAAGGACGACUUUGCCGAGCUGGGCGUGACACGAGUGGGCCACCGCAUGAACAUUGAACGAGCGCUAAAGCAGCUGCUGGAGAGCUGACCCCCGCCCCUAGCUCCAGUUGGGGAAAAGAAGAACAGUAUGCGAUAUUGGCCCUCCUCUCCUCUCUACCUCCCACGAGGCCUCCACGAAAGAAAGAAGCCUUUAGCGCUUCGAGUAAAGGAAGAGUUUUCUGUCCAAUCAGAAAAAAAGCUCAGUUGCCUUUCAACAACGUUUCUACAGAGAUCAACAACCACCACGACGACGUGUCUCCUCUAUAUCUGCUGUUGUUUUCAAAGCCCAGGACUUGGGAGUCCAGGGGGGGUGGCACAGGAGAAGCCCCGCCCCUUCGCCUUGGUACCCAGACUGUGCUCUCUUCUAUUUGGAGAAUGUUUAACCAACACUUGUGGCUUUUGUUCCAUAAUCAACUAUUUUGCUUUUCCAAAGGGAAUAUGAUAUGAUGUAUUUAAUAAUAGCUUUGUGCAAAACAAGGAAUCUGCACCUGUUCUUAGUUUUUAGUAUAGAGAAAUAAUAGUUGACCCAUUUCUACCAGUGAUAUAUAUAUAUAUAUAUUUGAAAGAAAAAUAUGAAGAUAAUUUUGUCAUACACUUGUGUUUAACUGUAGCAUUUUGUCUGACCAUCUUCCUUCAAACAAAAAGGGCAUCCCCAAAUGUGUCUAGUCCCAAUAAUGUGAUUGGCUCUCAACUUCCUCCUCUCCUUUGGAGCGCUAGCCUUCCCAUAGUUACUUUAGCAUCUACACUCACUUCAACAUGGAAGUACAACUUUCAAAACAAAAACUUAGUACCUCGGUUUGCGAUAGUAAUCUCUUCCAAAAUGAUGAAACUGUUCCAGACACCAGUAAUUAGUUGACAUACAAAUGAUCAAGGAAUAUUUCAUUGAAAACUCCCAAUAGUAACAAGGUAAAAGUGAUCCAUGCAUUAUGAAACUGAGACGUGUGCCUCACUGCCGAUAUCAGGAAACGCUUUGUUUCCCACUCACGUGUUUGGUUUGGCUCAGCCUUCCCGGUAAGGUCUAUUCAGGUGGAGAGGAAGCUACGUCGGAUAGUCGAACCUCGGAUUCAGGACAGUGUGGUUUCCGUUCUGGUCGUGGAACUAUGGACCAGCUCUAUACUCUCGGCAGGGUCCUUGAGGGUGCAUGGGAGUUAGCCCAACCAGUCUACAUGUGCUUUGUGGACUUGGAGAAGGCAUUCGACCGUGUACCCCGGGAAGUCCAGUGGGGAGUGCUCAGAGAGUAUGGGGUAACGGACUGUCUGAUUGUGGCGGUCCGCUCCCUGUAUAAUCAGUGUCAGAGCUUGGUCCGCAUUGCCGGCAGUAAGUCGGACCCGUUUCCAGUGAGGGUUGGACUCCGCCAAGGCUGCCCUUUGUCACCGAUUCUGUUCAUAACUUUUAUGGACAGAAUUUCUAGGCGCAGCCAGGGCGUUGAGGGUAUCUGGUUUGGUGGCUGCAGGAUUAGGUCUCUGCUAUUUGCAGAUGAUGUGGUCCUGAUGGCUUCAUCUGGCCAAGAUCUUCAGCUCUCACUGGAUCGGUUCGCAGCCGAGUGUGAAGCGACUGGGAUGAGAAUCAGCACCUCCAAGUCUGAGUCCAUGGUUGUGCCAUCUCCGGGUUGGGGAGGAGAUCUUGCCCCAAGUGGAGGAGUUCAAGUACCUCGGAGUCUUGUUAACGAGUGAGGGAAGAGUGGAUCGUGAGAUCGACAGGCGGAUCGGUGCGGCGUCUUCAGUAAUGCGGACGCUGUAUCGAUCCGUUGUGGUGAAGAAGGAGCUGAGCCGGAAGGCAAAGCUCUCAAUUUACCGGUCGAUCUACGUUCCCAUCCUCACCAAUGGUCAUGAGCUUUGGGUCAUGACCGAAAGGACAAGAUCACGGGUACAGGCGGCCGAAAUGAGCUUCCUCCGCCGGGUGGCGAGGCUCUCCCUUAGAGAUAGGGUGAGAAGCUCUGUCAUCCGGGGGGAACUCAAAGUAAAGCCGCUGCUCCUCCACAUCGAGAGGAGCCAGAUGAGGUGGUUCGGGCAUCUGGUCAGGAUGCCACCCGAACGCCUCCCUAGGGAGGUGUUUCGGGCACAUCCGACCGGUAGGUGGCCACGGGGAUGACCCAGGACACGUUGGGAAGACUAUCUCUCCCGGCUGGCCUGGGAACGCCUCGGGAUCCCCCGGGAGGAGCUGGACGAAGUGGCUGGGGAGAGGGAAGUCUGGGCUUCGUGACCCGACCUCGGGUAAGCGGAAGAAGAUGGAUGGAUGGAUGGACGUGUUUGGUAUCA